GGGCUGAGGAGGCUAGUCCCGGGCGGCGAGUCCAGGCCAGGUUUUGCGCUUGCCCGCCGCCCCCCUCCCGGAGCCGGCGGGCCCGGCAACGCCGAGAGCAGGCGGCUUGUCAUUGCUGGUGCCCCGCGCCCGCUCGCUCCGCGCGUCCUGCGGUGCCCACGGGCCCAGCCCCGCGCCCCCUGCUCCGGCCACCCCGGGGGCGCGACGACGCCGCGCCCGCUUCCAGCUGUGUAGCCCCGGCCCCCUGCGGGCAGCGCGAGCGGUCGGCGCGGGAGCAGUCGGCGCUGCGACGCCCCCGCCCCGCCGUCUGCCGGAGACGCCCCGGCGGAUGGGGCCGCGCGGGCCCAGGAGCGGCGCCGCCGGGCGUCGGGGGCCUGCGCGGCCGCCCGGGCAGCCGUGUUAACCCUUCGCCCGCUGCCGUCCGGGGGCGCUGGGAAGUCGCCUGGGCACACACGUGCCGCCUCCGUCGGGGCCGCGGAGCUGCGGGGGAGAUGCGGGCAGCCGGCGCCGCCUCGGGGGGCUCCGCCUCGCCCCAGCCCCCCGAGCUCUGACGCCGCCCCCGCCCCUCCGCCUCCACGCCUCGCUCCCCGGGAGGGGCGCAGACCCGCGCGCCCGGGGCCGGGGCCGCCUCCGGAGCGCCGCGAUCCGCCUUUUCUUUCCUUUUAUUUUUUUCUUCCCUUUUAAAUUUUGGUCGGUGGCGGCAGUGCUGGGCCGGAGGAAAGAAGGGACACGGAGUCCUCCCUCGCUCAGCCACCCCCUCCCCGCUUCCCCCUGGGCCGGGCUCCGGGAGAUGUGCCGGGCGGGGGGCCCGGCUUCGCGGAGCCGCCGGAGGAGCGCGCACGGCCGACCCCGAAGCGCCGCUGGACAGGCUGGUGGGCCAGGCCGUGGUACCCUGGUGAUGCGGGGCGAGGCCCCCCCCACAAUCCGCUGAGAUCCCUGUGCCCGCCCCUGGCCUUCGCCAUGGCCCGCUUGGCUGCAGCACUUUGGAGUCUCUGUGUGACGACCAUCCUCGUCACCUCUGCCACCCAAGGCCUGAGCCGGGCUGGGCUUCCAUUCGGGUUGAUGCGGCGGGAGCUGGCAUGUGAAGGCUACCCCAUUGAGCUGCGGUGCCCGGGCAGUGACGUCAUCAUGGUGGAGAAUGCAAACUAUGGCCGCACAGAUGACAAGAUCUGCGACGCCGACCCUUUCCAGAUGGAGAACGUGCAGUGCUACCUGCCUGACGCCUUCAAAAUCAUGUCACAGAGGUGUAAUAACCGAACCCAGUGUGUGGUGGUGGCCGGCUCCGAUGCCUUUCCUGACCCCUGUCCUGGGACCUACAAGUACCUGGAGGUGCAGUACGACUGUGUCCCUUACAUCUUCGUGUGUCCAGGGACCCUGCAGAAGGUGCUGGAACCCACCUCCACACAUGAGUCAGAGCAUCAGUCUGGUGCAUGGUGCAAGGACCCGCUGCAGGCAGGUGACCGUAUCUACGUUAUGCCCUGGAUCCCUUACCGCACGGACACACUGACUGAGUACGCCUCAUGGGAGGACUAUGUGGCUGCACGCCACACCACCACAUACAGACUGCCCAACCGUGUUGAUGGCACUGGCUUUGUGGUCUAUGAUGGCGCGGUCUUCUACAAUAAGGAGCGCACUCGCAACAUUGUCAAAUAUGACCUGCGGACCCGCAUCAAGAGCGGUGAGACGGUCAUAAACACAGCCAACUACCACGACACCUCACCUUACCGCUGGGGAGGCAAAACCGACAUUGACCUGGCAGUGGAUGAGAACGGACUGUGGGUCAUCUAUGCAACUGAGGGGAACAACGGGCGCUUGGUGGUGAGCCAGCUCAACCCCUACACAUUGCGUUUCGAGGGCACGUGGGAAACGGGCUACGACAAGCGCUCGGCCUCCAAUGCCUUCAUGGUGUGUGGCGUCCUCUACGUGCUGCGCUCUGUCUAUGUGGACGACGAUAGCGAGGCGGCAGGCAACCGCGUGGACUAUGCCUUCAACACCAAUGCAAACCGAGAGGAGCCAGUCAGCCUGGCCUUCCCCAACCCCUACCAGUUCGUAUCUUCAGUUGACUACAACCCUCGGGACAACCAGCUCUAUGUGUGGAACAACUAUUUUGUGGUGCGCUAUAGCCUGGAGUUCGGACCCCCAGACCCCAGUGCUGGCCCAGCCACUUCCCCUCCUCUCAGUACCACUACCACAGCUCGGCCCACGCCCCUCACCAGCACAGCCUCGCCUGCAGCCACCACACCACUCCGCCGGGCGCCCCUCACCACACACCCAGUGGGUGCCAUCAACCAGCUGGGACCUGACCUGCCUCCAGCCACAGCCCCAGCACCCAGUACCCGGCGGCCUCCGGCCCCUAAUCUACAUGUAUCCCCUGAGCUCUUCUGUGAACCCCGAGAGGUCCGCCGGGUCCAGUGGCCAGCUACCCAACAGGGUAUGCUGGUGGAGAGACCUUGCCCCAAGGGAACACGAGGAAUUGCCUCAUUCCAGUGCCUCCCAGCUCUGGGGCUCUGGAACCCUCGGGGCCCUGACCUCAGUAACUGCACUUCCCCCUGGGUCAACCAAGUAGCACAGAAGAUCAAGAGUGGAGAGAAUGCGGCUAACAUUGCCAGUGAGCUGGCCCGCCACACACGGGGCUCCAUCUAUGCUGGGGACGUGUCCUCCUCGGUGAAGCUGAUGGAGCAGCUGCUGGACAUCCUGGAUGCCCAGCUCCAGGCUCUCCGGCCUAUUGAACGCGAGUCGGCCGGCAAGAACUACAAUAAGAUGCACAAGCGAGAGAGAACCUGCAAGGACUAUAUCAAGGCUGUGGUGGAGACAGUGGACAACUUGCUCCGGCCAGAGGCACUUGAGUCAUGGAAAGACAUGAAUGCCACCGAACAGGUCCAUACAGCCACCAUGCUUCUAGAUGUCCUGGAGGAGGGCGCCUUCCUGCUGGCUGACAAUGUCAGAGAACCUGCUCGCUUCUUGGCUGCCAAACAAAACGUGGUCCUGGAGGUAACUGUCCUGAACACGGAGGGUCAAGUGCAGGAGUUGGUGUUCCCCCAGGAGUAUCCCAGCGAGAACUCCAUUCAGCUGUCUGCCAACACCAUCAAACAGAACAGUCGCAAUGGUGUUGUGAAGGUUGUCUUCAUUCUCUACAACAACCUGGGCCUCUUCUUGUCCACGGAAAAUGCCACAGUGAAGCUGGCAGGUGAGGCAGGGUCCAGUGGCCCUGGAGGUGCCUCCCUGGUGGUCAACUCACAGGUCAUUGCAGCAUCUAUCAACAAGGAGUCCAGCCGUGUCUUCCUCAUGGACCCUGUCAUCUUUACUGUGGCCCACUUGGAGGCCAAGAACCACUUCAAUGCAAACUGCUCCUUCUGGAACUACUCAGAGCGCUCCAUGCUGGGCUACUGGUCAACCCAGGGCUGCCGACUGGUGGAGUCCAAUAAGACCCAUACCACAUGUGCCUGCAGCCACCUCACCAACUUCGCAGUACUCAUGGCUCACCGAGAGAUCUAUCAAGGCCGUAUUAAUGAGCUGCUACUGUCAGUCAUCACCUGGGUUGGCAUUGUCAUCUCUCUGGUCUGUCUGGCUAUCUGCAUCUCCACCUUCUGCUUCCUGCGGGGCCUGCAGACUGACCGGAACACCAUCCACAAGAACCUGUGCAUCAACCUCUUCCUUGCAGAGCUGCUCUUCCUGGUUGGAAUAGACAAAACUCAGUAUGAGGUCGCCUGCCCCAUCUUUGCGGGCCUGCUGCACUACUUCUUCCUGGCCGCCUUCUCCUGGCUGUGCCUGGAGGGCGUGCACCUCUACCUGCUGCUGGUGGAGGUGUUCGAGAGCGAGUACUCGCGCACCAAGUACUAUUACCUGGGCGGCUACUGCUUCCCAGCCCUGGUGGUAGGCAUUGCAGCAGCCAUUGACUACCGAAGCUACGGCACUGAAAAGGCCUGCUGGCUGAGGGUGGAUAACUACUUCAUCUGGAGCUUCAUUGGGCCCGUCUCGUUUGUCAUUGUGGUGAACCUGGUGUUCCUCAUGGUGACCCUGCACAAGAUGAUCCGAAGCUCAUCAGUGCUCAAGCCCGACUCCAGUCGCCUUGACAACAUCAAGUCCUGGGCGCUGGGUGCCAUUGCGCUGCUCUUCCUGCUGGGCCUCACCUGGGCUUUCGGCCUCCUCUUCAUCAACAAGGAGUCGGUGGUCAUGGCGUAUCUCUUUACUACCUUCAACGCCUUCCAGGGGGUCUUCAUCUUUGUCUUUCACUGCGCCUUACAGAAAAAGGUGCACAAGGAGUACAGCAAGUGCCUGCGCCACUCCUACUGCUGCAUCCGCUCCCCCCCUGGGGGCACUCACGGCUCCCUUAAGACCUCAGCCAUGCGAAGUAACACCCGAUACUACACAGGGACCCAGAGCCGGAUCCGGAGGAUGUGGAAUGACACCGUGAGGAAGCAGACAGAGUCUUCCUUUAUGGCAGGUGACAUCAACAGCACCCCCACCCUGAACCGAGGUACCAUGGGGAACCACCUACUGACCAACCCCGUGCUCCAGCCCCGUGGGGGCACUAGCCCAUACAAUACACUCAUUGCAGAGUCCGUGGGCUUCAAUCCUUCCUCGCCCCCAGUCUUCAACUCCCCAGGAAGCUACAGGGAACCCAAGCACCCCUUGGGAGGCCGGGAAGCCUGUGGCAUGGACACCCUGCCCCUUAACGGCAACUUCAACAACAGCUACUCCUUGCGAAGUGGUGAUUUCCCUCCAGGAGAUGGGGGUCCUGAGCCGCCCCGAGGCCGGAACCUGGCGGAUGCUGCCGCCUUUGAGAAGAUGAUCAUCUCAGAGCUGGUGCACAACAACCUGCGGGGGGCCAGUGGGGGAGCCAAAGGGCCUCCACCAGAGCCUCCUGUGCCCCCUGUGCCAGGGGUCAGUGAGGACGAGGCCGGUGGGCCGGGGGGUGCUGACCGGGCAGAGAUUGAACUUCUCUACAAGGCCCUGGAGGAGCCACUGCUGCUGCCCCGGGCCCAGUCGGUGCUGUACCAGAGUGAUCUGGAUGAGUCGGAAAGCUGUACGGCAGAGGAUGGGGCCACCAGCCGGCCCCUCUCCUCCCCUCCCGGCCGGGACUCCCUCUAUGCCAGCGGGGCCAACCUGCGGGACUCGCCCUCCUACCCGGACAGCAGCCCCGAAGGGCCUAAUGAGGCCCUGCCCCCGCCCCCACCUGCUCCCCCUGGGCCCCCAGAAAUCUACUACACCUCUCGCCCGCCGGCCCUGGUGGCUCGGAAUCCCCUACAGGGCUACUACCAGGUUCGGCGGCCCAGCCAUGAGGGCUACCUGGCAGCCCCGAGCCUCGAGGGGCCAGGGCCCGAUGGGGAUGGGCAAAUGCAGUUGGUCACUAGUCUCUGAGGGGCCUCAUGGACCAGAGGCCAGAGGCCUGGCCAGGGAGGGAAUCCAGGAGGGGCUCUGGUGGGAGCAGAGACUGACGGAGGCAGUGGCUGGUGGGCCACUCUCUCCAGGUGCCCCUCUGCCUGUGGGCCCCACGGUCCCCUUCGGGACUAUGACCUGGGCCCCAGGUGCCAGGGUUAGUAGACAGGGUUUCCACCAGCCACAAGCCCCAGCCUCUCUAGGGGAGUGCAUUGAGGAGAAGCCCCCAGGGCCCUGGGAGUGAAAGAGAAGCUGGUAGGUGUGACCAACUUCCGAAGCUCCCUGCCUGUGGAGGGGGAAAGCAAGGGACAAGGCUUCCCUAAGUAUAUAGGGGGUUGCCGCUUUUGAGGUGGCCAAAGCCUUGCAGGAUCCACCCUAUCUGCUGCUCACUCUUCUCCAUCCACCAGAAAGGAACAGUGGGACAGAUGGAUAGGAUCCUACAGUCCUUGCUUCCUGGAGACUGGGCCUUGCACCACGAGAAAGCCCAGGCCCAGGGGAUGGGGCUGUGGAAGCUGGUGGUUAAUGGUGGAACUUUCUCUGAAGCUCCUUUCUCCCUUGCUAUUGGUCCCUGUCUCCCAAGCAAGCCUGUCCCUCAACCCCCAGAGUGCACCCAAUGACCCCCUCCCUUGGGGUGACUCCUGAUGAAGCACAACUCCCGCAGGGCCCCUAACCCACUGGAGUGGCCAUAUUUGGGCAGUUCCCAGUCCUGUGGGCUGGGCUAUCUGGGGAGCAGAUUUGGGGUCUGGGGCUCCCUGAGGAGUGGGUCCUGGGUUUGGAUCUUUCCCUAGGGGGUCCUCUUACCCCUCUCUCUUCCUCCCCUAUUGCUGUAAAUAUUUCAACAAAAUGGAAAAGGAAAAAAAAAAGACAAAAAAAAAGUAAGAAAAUCUCAUCACUUGAAGCCACCGGGCACCUGCGGCCCAGGCCAGCCCGGACUUUCUCCGGAACAGAGCAGCGGCCAGCCCUGGCAGCCAGGACUUCCUGUAUGUGUACAUCCCAGCCGGGGUGGGCAGCCGCCAGACAGCUUUUUACACUCCAGAGACAAAACAAAUCUAGAAGCAACAGCGAAACAAAGAACCUGUCCUUCCCAGCACUGGUCCUUUCACCUCUGCUCUGUCCUCCCUGCAUCAGUCAGCCUCCUGGGGCGUGUACCUCACUGCCUGCCCCAGGGCCAGAGGCCUGUCCCCUGCCCCACUGGCCAGGAGACAUCUUCACACCCAAAGAUGCUUUUGCCAAGAUGGCUGCACUACCCCUUUGAGUUCCUGCUUCUUGUCUAUCACUUCAGGACUCAUGGCAGGCAGGAAGAGCCUGGUGUCCCAUCCUGAGAAAGGAAGGGAGUGGAGGUCAGACAGUGGUGGUUCCUGGGGCUGAGGGUGGGAUGGCAAUAGCAAUGUCAUUUCAGGGGUGGGGGGCAAAGGUGAGAGGUCAAUUUUCCUUCCCCACCCCCCCAUCCCAAGACCUCUGGCAGGCUUAGAGUGUCUGCUAAGCACCUCCGGCCCAGCCUGUCCUCCCCCCAGUUUUUUGGGGGUAGCAUAAUCCUGCUGCCAUCUUCCAGAGGUGGCAACCUCUGCUGACUUCAUCUUAUCUCUUCCCUGCCUCCUUCCUCACAAGUGCCAUGAGUUUUCAAGCAUCCUCUGGUCUCAGCUUGCUGCUGCCAUGAGCUUCUUUGGGUUAUGGGGGAGGGACUCUAGGAAGGAGCUGAGGAGGUGGAUGAGUGGCUGGAAGGACCCUUUUUGCUGCUAGAAAGCCCUCUCCCUUCUAAGGAGCUGGGACUGGCUUGUCCCCAAUCAAUGAGGGGGAAAGGGGCCAGACCAAAGAUAAUGGUUUGCCCCAUGGAGGGAAACAUGUGAAAAGGCAGGGUUUAUUCCAUCUCUGGUUUUUUCUGGUAGUUUUAGCCUGUCUUGCCAGAAGACCAAGGGUGAAGUCUAGAUAGGGAAGAGGGGACAGGAUGGGGACAGCCUUGCCAGGCAGGUAUGAAGAGAAUAUGAAGGGCUCAUGGCCCUUGCCUAGCUUCACUGCAUCUGGACCCUGCUGUGGCUGGCCUAGGAGCCAGAGGACUUGACUCAGCCCAGGCCUGAGGCCAUCAGAUACCGGUAAAGCUGGAAGAUGUGGGGUAAAGAGCUCCUUGGGGAUUGGCAGGCACACAAGUCCUGUGCCCUCUUGCCCUAUACAGCCCUUCUCCAAAUGUGGGCUAUGGAGGGUAGGAUGUAGUGGAGUAGGGCCCAUGGUUCCUGCUCGAGCUGGAAUCGCUAGCACAGGGAGUAACUCACUCCCAGGCCUCAGAGCUACAUGGCAGGUCCCCAAGUGGGGCUGGAUCCACUACAGUCCAGCUUAAAGCCACCCAGAGAGCCCAGGUGUCCCCUACCCUAACCAGACCUGGUGCCUUGACGCCCCCACCACAGCGGGUCGGUACAGAGAAGGGUCUUGGGCUCCUCCCUUCCUCGGGCUCCUGAAUUCGUUUGCUCCUAAAUCUUGCUCAUUCUUUUUCUCUUAAGUUUUUUUUUUUUUUUUUCUUUUGGGUUUUCCUAGCUAUCCAACUUAUUUCUUUGUGUCCUUUUUUGCUGUCUCUGUGUUCCUCUCAUUCUCAAUUUCUUAGUCCAUUUGGGCCUCCCCUGCUCCCACACCCUACUCCCUCCCCUCCUUGGUCUCCUUUUCGAUAUGCCAAACCAAUUUUGGGUCGAGUGCAUUUAACGAGAAUAAAACAAAAGGCUCAUAAGAACGUUUCAGAAAAAAACAAAAAGUUUUAAAAAAAAAAUGUUGAGUCAAAAAAGUCAAACAAUAAAGAAAUUAAAAUUUCUUGAAGUGAUA